AUGUCUGGUGGAGAGGUUAGAAAUGUAUCUCCAGGAGAUAUUCAAAUGGUUCAAAAUCUUAUUGAACAAUGUCUCCCAUAUUACAUGACACAAAAGCAAGUUGUAGAUAUUCUCUAUCAACAAGAGAAAGUGGAGCCCAGCUUUACAGAGCUUGUUUGGCAAAAGCUUGAAGAACAAAAUCAAGAAUUUUUCAAGGGAUACCAUCUAAGAUUAAUGGUGAAAGAACAAAUAAUGGAAUUCAAUAAGUUGCUUGAUAGACAAGCUGCAUUGAUGCAUCAAUUGGGACCCACAACGGUUAAUUUUCAACCUAAUAAAUCCAAUGGAUCUCAUAUCCCACCAAUGCAUCAAAACUCAACAAUCUAUGCACCCGAAAACACGGGUGGUAUUGCACUCAAGACAGAAAACAUGCAGCAGCAUCCAGCCGCCAUUAAUUUCUCACGAGGGUUUAAUAAUAGUGGACUUCCGAUACUACCCUCGGGGGUCCCACAAAAUAUGUUGUUGACCCAAAAUUCAAAUGUUGGAACGAAUGGCGUUUCUGUAAAAACCGAAUCCAACUAUUUGGGGAAUCCUAGGUUUAUCUAUGAACCUCGACCAACGAUUGGUGAUGCAUCCGUUUCAUCUUUCAGUUGCUUGGAAUCCGACCCGCAUCAGUUAAAUGGACCGCUUCUUAAUGAUAGUUCCUUUUUUGGGCUUUUGGGCCCAAUGUCUCAAAACUUUGGGCUAUCGGACUCAACCGCUGACUUCACAAAUAGUUCAGACAUGCUUGAUAGUUACUCGAGGUCUGCAUUCUUAUCAUCCGAAAGAGACAAUUUCUUGGACUCUCAUAGUAGUACGGUUGACCAUCAAGGGGACAAUAAGAGGUUAGACAUACCGGAAAACUUAGGUUUUGAAGAUUUUGGGAGUGACUCGUAAAACAUUUACACGGUCAUAUCGGAUGACUAAAGAUUUGGUCAUCUGAUAUUGGAUGACUUAGAGCAUUACGCUCAAGUCAUGUGAUAUCAGAUGACUUUUGAUAUGCUCCGGUCAUCUGAUAUCGAAUAUAUCAGAUGACAUUGGAGCAUAUCAUAUCGUUCAUUCCUAGGACAGGAAGCUUUGUAAAUAGGUUAUCGAAAUGGGAGGCUUCAGAAAAAAAAAAUUAAGUGUUGUAGAUUUGGUGUGUGCAAUUUAGAGGUUGUAAUAAUUAAGUUUAGGAUCGGUGUUUAUAAUGAUAGUCUUAAGGAAUAUGUGUUGGGGGUAAUAAUGUAAUUUAUCGAAAGAUAUGAUAAAAGUUUCUAAUUAACAUGGAAUGAUAAUGAAUAUGAUUACUACCCCUUGUGUUGGGAUUGUGCUUAGGAAUAAGAAAAAUGAUCGUUUGAUCUUCAUGAGUUUACAUUCACAUAGGGUUUUGUAUGGAUUUUUUUUUUUUUUUUUCAUCUUUAACGAGU